GGUGUACGCCAAGGUAACCUGCUAUCUCCUGUCCUUUUCAACUUUGUCCUCGAACCUUUGCUCCUUCAUAUACUUGAUUAUUCUCUUUUUCAAGGCUACACAAUUCCCCAAUCUGUUCCAUCCACUUCUCUUAAAGUAUUAGCCUAUACUGAUAAUUUUCUUGCCUUUCUC